CUUUCACAUUUAUGCAUAUGUUACUGUUACUUAAAAAUAAGUUUUGAUUUGUUACUGUUUGAAUAAUUAGUCACCGUUUCAAGUCGUUUAAUCUAUUUUUAGGAUGCAAGUGUUUGAUCUUAAUCUUUAAUAAGGUUAUGGUUUGCACCCAAUCAAUGUCAACAUUUACGAUGGGACCGAACGGAAGAUGAGUGAUCAUUCCUUAGAAGCCGACAUGGACAAUCCUGAAGGAUCUCCUCCACAUCUGUUGACUUUAGAGGAUCUUCCAGAUAUCAUCAUUUUGUCUAUUUGUAAUUUCCUCGAUGCACAUGUCAUUAACAUGCUUAUGCAGAUGUCCAUGCGGUUUAAUCAUCUCCUGUCUGGAGAUCAUUACUGGAGAAUGAGAAUUGGACACCGAUGGCCUAAACUAUAUCCUGCAAUACCAGUGGAUCCAUUUGACUGGCAGCAGGCCUGUGUGGAGAGAGAGCAUGCACACAAAGUGUGGACCAAUGUGGAUGACUGUUUGGAACACUUCACGUACAAUGCUGGGCUCUUUGCGUCUGUGGAUGCUGUACAUUUGAUGCAGGAUGGGCAGCUGUUAGCCACUGGCUCCCGGGAUCGUUACCUGUCACUUCUCAAUCUUCAGAAGUAUGAUGUCAACAAACCGACAUCUAAAGGGGAUAUGAAGAUUUAUAGUAACUGCAAAAUUCACAAAGGGUGGAUUUGGUCCAUUAAAUCUCUGGAUAAUGUACUGGCAACUGCAUCGUGGGAUACCUAUAUUAGACGUCUGGAUCUCAAUGCAGACCUGACAAUGAUAGACAACUUCAAAUGCAAAUCUGCUGUUCUGGACAUACACAUAGAACCAAAUGGCAUCAUUGCAGCAGGUUACGAUUCCCGGCUGUACCUGGUUGAUCCCCGAGAAGGUGCCGUCACUUCGAUGAAGAUCCACAAAAGGCCUGUACUCUGCUUGUCUGUAGAUGACCACUUUAUCGUUUCUGGCAGCGAGGACAAGACCAUCUCGGUGUUCGACAGAACAGCUGGGAAAGUCAUGAAAACAGUGGAGCUUGAGUCGUUUCCCAUGUGUCUGCACUGUAUGGACAACCAGCUGUGGAUUGGAGACAAAGGUGGCAAGUUAAAUCUGUGUGAUACCACAGGUGGUGUUUUUCAUCUUGUCGAUACGUAUGAAGUGGGUCACCUGGGUAAAGUGACUGGCAUAGUGUCCACUCGGGGUGCCCUGUACACGUGUUCGACCGACAGGACGGUCAAGAUCCUCGAGCCAACCCGUAACCCGGACACCAUCAACACACUGACCAGUCACACGGGUGAUGUAGCAGGAAUCAGCUAUCAAAACCGGGUGUUGGCAAGUGCUGGCAGUGAUGUAUGUGUUGGUAUAUGGAGACCUAAACCCACUGACGUUCUUACCUUGUGAUAAUGGCCUCCUAUUAGAAAUAUUAACCAGCACAAGUGGAAUCAUUAACAACUUGCUGAAUACUGUAAAUCAUAAAAUAUUAGCAAUCUAACAAAAUCCACAUAGGUGACAUAUCAGUGACAUCAAAGUUUACUGAUGUCUGCAUUAUCAGACAUUUACAAAAAAGAAGUUUAAUUUGUAGGAUUGACUGAAUGAAUACUUUGAUAUAUCUUGACAUUAUGUACCUUAAAGGUAAUUAAAUUUAGGAGAAAAUUGCAGUAAAAUGCAUGCUAACUAUUGUUAUCAUCAAUAGCAUGUAACCAUUGUUGUGUUUCGCAGAACAGUCUCUUGUAGGUGGUUUUAAAUUUACCGUCAUGAAACAUUAGCUGUUUGUGUAUGGCUAAAUUCACCAAUAUUUUAUGCUCGCUAACACCUGAUUUACUGUAUGCAGUUCACUCGGGAAUCUGUCUGAUUAGACAUGCUGAAGAAGCCAUUGGAAUGGUAGCCAUGGGCAACAGCUAUUGUAGCAUCCACUGUGCUCAUUCUAAGAGAACUACUGCUUACAGGUGUCACGGUUUAGCCACCUGUAUUUGGUAAUGGUUACACCUGACGGGCACCGUUAAGCCCCACCCAGAUCCUACAGCUGGCUACCAGGCACCGUUAAGCCCCACCCAGAUUCUACAGCUGGCUACCAGGCACCGUUAAACCCCACCCAGAUCCUACAGCUGGCUACCAGGCACCAUUAAGGUCCACCCUGAUCCUACAGCUGGCUACCAGGCACCGUUACGGUCCACCCAGAUCCUACAGCUGGCUAUCAGUUACAUUACUUUGUCAGCAUAAUACAGACUUUCUGCCAGAGGGUAAAAUGGGUAUGGCGCCAUACCCAAAUGUUUUUGCAGAUUUGUUUUUUAAGUUAACCUUUUGGCAAAAUUGAUUUCUCUUAUCAUUACUGUCUGAUUUUCUUAAUGCUAAUUCUAAAUUUAACCCACAUUCUUUCUAGGGGAGUCCCCCAUUAACUGUGGUUGCAUUCAAUUCCAUAGCGCCAUACCCAAAAAUGUCUUUCUGGCAGAAACACUGUCAUAGUCACAAAUGUCACUUUUUUUAAAGGGGGAUAGCAUAUUAUGUCCACCAGACAUAAAUUUGUAAUUAGAAUCUCGAGGUAUAUGGAUGCUAAAUGUUAUAUUUACCUCAUCCUUUCACGAGCGAUUCGUCUAGUUAGACCACGAUUAUUACGGUCAUUGAGUGACAGGUGUAAUGGUAGAGGGAAAUUUUCGUGGUCACAUUUCACCUUGCUUGGUAUGUGUGUUUUUUCGCAAUUAAUUUUUUCGCAAUUAAUUGGGUCUGUCUUGGACUACUUGCUUUGAUUAGCCUAUAUGGGGAAACAUUAAAGGGAGAGUAAACUAAAACAUGAGCCUUAUGUGUUGAAAAGAUGCAUACCCGGACCACCAACACAUACUGACAUUUUAACAAAUGAAACACGCCUAAUUUUAAUUUCAAUAAAAAACGUGAU